AUGGCCAAGAAGCUCAACGAAAUCCAUCGGACAGCGACAUUUGCAUGGAGUCCUGGACAGCAAUUGCCGUUCAUUGCGGCUGGUACCGUUUCAGGUGCCCUUGACGACUCAUUCUCCAACGCGUCAGAACUCGAACUCUUCAAGCUUGAUUUGGUCCAUGCCAACAACAAGGGCCUUGAACCUGCUGGCAAGGUCAGCACCAACGCGAGAUUCAAUACACUUGGUUGGGGACAUACGACUACUGAGAAGCCUUAUGGUAUCAUUGCUGGUGGUAUGGAUAGUGGCGAGCUUGAAUUAUGGGAUCCCAAUGCCAUUCUUGAAGACAAAGGAGCAGAAGAAGCACUGAUCCUCCGCAACUCGACUCAUCAAGGUCCUAUUCGUGGUCUUGAUUUCAACUCUCUUCAAUCGAAUCUUUUGGUAUCAGCUGGCACAAACAGUGAGGUUUACAUUUGGGAUUUGACGAACCCAACUCGACCCUAUUCUCCUGGAGCUCGAUCCAACAAGCUUGAUGAAGUUACCAGCGUUGCAUGGAAUUGCCAAGUACAGCAUAUUCUCGCCACUUCUUCAACUACGGGCUACACUGUUGUAUGGGAUUUGCGUAAUCGAAAGGAGAUCAUGACAUUGGCAGCACCUGGUGCUGGUGGCAUGGGUGGUGGUCAUCGUGGUAUUUCAUCUAUCGCAUGGCACCCUGAUGUGGCAACGCAAAUUGUUACGGCUUCUGAGGAUGAUAACAACCCUGUGGUGACAUUGUGGGAUCUUCGACAUGCACAUUCCCCUGAAAAGAUUCUUGCUGGUCAUCAAAAGGGUGUCAUGGGUGUUUCAUGGUGUCGUCAAGAUUCAGACUUGUUGAUCUCUUGUGGCAAGGAUUGCAGAACUUUGUGCUGGAACCCACGUACUGGUGAACAACUUGGUGAGGUGUCCCAUUCAUCCAAUUGGACCUUCCAAGCCGAUUGGUGUCCUCGUAACCCUGAUUUGUUGGCUACUGGUUCCUUUGAUGGCAAGAUCAAUGUCUAUUCGAUUCAAGGUGCCGGUAGUGAGGAUGAUAGCAGUGCAGCAGCCAAUGCCAAUCAACAACCAGCAGCUGAUCCAAAUGAUCCAUUCUCAAUGCUUGGUGGUGCUGCUCCUCAACAAGCACCAACAUUCGCCUUGAAGCAUCCACCCAAAUGGCUUCGUCGACCUGUGGGCGCAUCCUUUAGUUUCAGUGGCAAGCUUGUUUCCUUCAACAACAAGGCUGGUCAAUUAGCUGCUCAAGCUGCUGCUAGUCUUCCACCAGGCUCUGCUCCUACGACACAACAAAUUCCUCGACGCGUUACCAUUGCUACAGUUGUUACGGAUCCUGAAAUUGUCAAACGCUCUGAAGAAUUGGAGUCCGCUGUCAAUGAGAACAACUUUGAUAAGCUUAUUGAUGAACGUCGCACUCGAUCAGAGACCACCAAAGACAAGGAUAACGCUGAAAGCUGGGAAGUGCUCAAGACUUUGUUUGCUCAAGAUGCUCGUCAACAAUUGAUGCGACACCUUGGAUUUGAAAAGGAACAAGUUCUCUCGGCUGUAUCCUCUGUUGCUGGUGGUGAUGACACUACUACGGCUGCUACUAAGCAAGAAGACACAACUACAGUUCCACCAUCAGCUGAAAGUCAAGAAGGGUCGACUGCCGUUGAAGCAGCGGAUGAAUCACAACAACAGCAACAGGAAAAUGAGGCACCUUCUACAACACAAAAUGAGGAAGGCACUGGUGAAGAAGCAAACAAGGCGGCUGCACCCACUGAUACUCUUUCGGGAUUAUUCAAAUCAACCGAUGCAUCCGCCUCUGCUGAAGACUUUUUCGGUCAACAAGCAACUACAGCACAAACGACUGAUGCAACAGCUGCUACCGAAGCCACUGCUGCAGCUACUAUUACACCUGCUUCAACAACCGUUGCUGAACCACAAGAGCCACUUGAAUUGUAUCCCAAGGAUAGCUCCGAGACCGAUCAAUUGAUUACCAAGGCUAUUGUAUUGGGUGAUUUGGAAGCUGCUGUGCAAUUGUGUUUGCAGUCCGAUCGUAUGUCAGAUGCAUUGUUGCUUGCAACCUUUGGUGGAGAGGAGUUGUUGAGCCGUACACAAAAGGCCUAUUUCGAACGACAAGCCAAAAAGACAUCGUAUUUGCGUUUAUUGCAGAGCGUGGUGGAUCAAGAUUUGACAGCCGUGGUACAAAAUGCAACAUUGGAAGAGUGGACUUCUGUUGUUGUGGUUGUUUGCGCAUAUGCAAGUGCCAAUGAUUUGGGCCCAUUGUGUGAAGCCCUUGGUAGCCGACUUGAGACUGCGUGGAGCGAUGCCAACAACAAGGGUGAACAAGAAAAGGCACACGAGUAUCGACGCCAUGCCACACUAUGUUACUUGGCUGCAGGCAACCUUGAGAAGGUGUCUAAUAUCUGGAUUGUGGAACAAGAGCAAAGCAAAGAUGUGGAGAAUGAGGAUGUUUAUGGUGCCAGCUUGCAAGAUUUGAUGGAAAAGGUCACCGUGUUCAGACGUGCUAUUGAUUUCGAAGACAAUGCUUUGGUGGCAGGUGAACAAACCGUAUAUCCACUAGCACCAUUGUACAACAAGUAUUGCGAGUAUGCAGAGUUGUUGGCUUCUCAAGGAAAAUUGGAUAUUGCAUUGCGUUAUCUUGAAUUGACACCUGCUGGUUAUCGUGCUUCCAUUGCUGAUCACCUUGCUGUUAUUCGUGAUCGUGUUUAUCGUGCAUGUGCAUCAUCCGCCAGUGGUCUUGGUCAAGCUGCUGCACCACCAGCUUUCCCAUUCGAUGCAAAGCCUCUUUUGUCCGAGAGAGAACAACAAGCUGUUGAUGGUGCACAAGCUGGUUUCCAACAGCAACAACAACAACAACCACAACAGCAGCAGCAACAACAGCAACAACAGGCAGCUUUUGAACCCUACAAGCCCAAUCAAGGAGCUGCAGCAGCUACUCAAAUGCCUGUUCCUCAACCCGUUGCAGCAGCUAAUCCAUAUGCACCAGCAGCUACAGGAGCUUAUCAACCAUCGAAUGUACAAUACAGUCCAUUUGGCCAAGGUGGUCCUGCUUAUGGUCAACCCCAACCCCAACAAACAGGAUAUGAUAAUUAUGGUUAUGGUGCACAAUAUGGUAAUCCUUAUGAAGCACAACAGCAAUCUACAGCACCACCACCUCCUCCUCAAGGUGCUGCUGCUGUUCCACCACCUCCACCACCAAAGGCACGUCAACCUGGAUCAGCUGGUGGUAGCCCAUCGAUUACUCACAAGCCUACAGGAGCAUGGAAUGAUCCACCUGUUGUAUCCAAUCCACACGUGACCAAGAGUCCUGCCAUGGCAGCUGCUGGUACUCGUAGGGUAACUUCACCCUUCCCUAAUGCACCAGCCCCAAGCACAUUUGUUCCACCACCACCUACUCAACAACAACAACAAGGCGGCAUGGCAGGAAUACCACCACCUCCACAACAACAGGGUCCUCCCAUGGGUAAUGCUCCACCUCCACCUCCGCCAAUGAAUGCAGUGGCUCCUACUCCUAUGGCUCGUCAACAACAACCUCCAACUCAAGGUUUUUAUGCUCCUCGUCAGACAUCGACACCUCCCCCGCCACCAACAACUGCUGCUAUGGCACCACCACCACAAAGAGGUCCUCCUAUGAUGGCUCAACAACAACAACAACAAAUGCCUCCUCAACCUCCCAUGGGUUAUCCACCUCAACAACAACAACAACAACAGCCACCUCAGCCAUCGCCUUACGCACCUACUGCUGCACCUCUUCAACAACAACAACCACCUCCACAAGGACCACCACAACCUCAGGCACAAUAUGCACCUCCUCGUAAUGCUGGUACACCACCUCUUCAACAACAAUCACCACGUGCUAUGCCACCACCAGGUCCUCCACAAGCUGCUGCAGCUCCUUCACUACCACCUGCUGCUGCUGCCAAACCUGCAGCUCCACCAGCACCAGAAAAGAAGCGAUUCCCCAAGGAUGAUAGAAGCCAUAUUCCUCAAGCACAAUUGCCCAUUUAUCAAAUCUUAUCUAAUCAGCUGCAACAAGCUAGACAACGUUCACCUCCUUCACAAAAGAGAAUGUUGGAUGAUACGGAGCGUCGUUUAAACACACUCUUUGAUGAACUCAACAACAGCGAAGUUUCGGAUGGUGUUGCUCAACUCAUGUUGUCGCUUGUCCAAGCUCUAGAGAAACGUGACUACGAUACAGCACAGAGAAUCCAAGUUGAUUUGGUGACAACUCGAUAUGAAGAAUGUGGCUCAUGGCUCGUUGGUGUCAAGUUGCUUAUUGCCAAUGCCAAGCAAACCGCACAGUAA